UGAAAACGUGAAAACUCCGAUUUGCUCCCCGCCCAUUUACCCUAGGCCAUGCAUUCCAGUGAAGUGUGGUGCACGUCAUAACUUUCCCAUGAAGUGUGUGGUUGGCAUGUUUUGAAUUUUACGUGUAGAAGAUCGAGAAAUUAUGGAUCGGUGAAGAUAAUCAUUUAAGGACCCAUGCCUCAAGAUUCAGACGGAUAUGAAAUGAUAAUGUCACUACGCGACUGGCGACAGGCAAUUCGGACACCAACAGCAUACAGAGUAGGAAACAGUACCUUCAGAAUCCAAACACAGCUCAUUAGUGCGAUAGCCGCAAUAGGAUUGAUCGUUUUGUUGGUGCUAUAUACUUUAAGUUCACCUAGUCGGCAUAGAUCAAGCGACUAUUUUAAUUCUGUGACAAUGGGGCAUGUGCAAUCUCCUCCAAGUAUAAAGCAUUUGGUAUCUCCUGUUACUAUUCAGCAAGAGUCCUAUAAUUCUACUUAUCCUCUUACGCCACCUGUGAAGAUGCCAAAGGGAAUCUCGUAUAGGAUAGGAAUAAUUAGUGAUAUGGAUAAAAAGUCCAAGUCAACAAGUGAAGAAAAUACUUGGAUCAGCUAUUUUAAAAAAGGCUAUCUUGUGUGGAAUCCAAAAAAUAAGUAUAUAUCUGUGAAUUGGGAUAAUGCUGAACCUGUGGUAUUAAAGUCAAAUCUAGGUGAGAGUGGAAGAGGAAUGGAAUUAUCUGAAUUGGUAACAUUUAAUGGAAAGUUACUUGCAGUGGAUGACAGGACUGGAGUGGUGUAUGAAAUAGACAACGAAGAAGCAAUUCCAUGGAUUGUGCUGACUGAUGGUGAUGGAAGAACUCGAAAAGGAUUCAAGAUGGAAUGGGCAGCUGUUCGCAAUAGACGACUAUGGCUUGGUGGCCUAGGAAAGGAAUGGACAUCACCCACAGGGGAAUUGAUUAAUUUAAAUCCGCAGUGGGUUAAAGUUGUUGCCCCAGGUGGUGAGGCAGUGCCUAUAAAUUGGCGGGAAAAAUAUAACAAGUUGCGACGUGCUGUUGGCAUUGAAUUCCCAGGCUACAUGAUUCAUGAAGCUGUUUGUUGGAGUCCUGUUCAUCAAAAAUGGGUGUUUCUUCCACGACGUGCCUCAAAAGAUCCAUAUAAUGAACAUAGAGAUGAGGAAAUGGGCACCAAUCUAAUCCUCACUGCUGAUGAAGAUUUUGAGGAUAUUAAGGUGUCGCGCGUGGGCGAGCUGGUGGCGACGCGCGGCUUCUCCAGCUUCAAGUUCCUGCCGGACAGCGGCGACAGCGUGGUGGUGGCGCUGCGCACGCAGGAGACGCGCGAGCGCGUCGCCACCUUCAUCACGGCCUUCACGCUGGCCGGCGCCGUGCUGCUGCCCGACACCCUGGUGGCCGAGCGCAAGUUCGAGGGCUUCGAGUUCAUCUGAGGCGCCACCCCUCCUCCUCCUGCUCCUCCUCCUGCCCCUCGACGUGUACAAAGCGGAAUAAAUUAUUGCACCUUUUUCGUAAUGCUCCACUUUUUCAU